CGCGGACCUCACGCUCCGAGGCUCCCUGCCACUCUCUGCCGCCGCUGCCUUGCCUGUGGCGGUCGUUGCAGCUACCAUGCCCUCUUACACAGUCACCGUGGCCACCGGCAGCCAGUGGUUCGCUGGCACCGACGACUACAUCUAUCUCAGCCUGGUGGGCUCUGUGGGCUGCAGCGAGAAGCACCUGCUUGACAAGCCCUUCUACAAUGACUUCGAGCGCGGCGCGGUUGAUUCUUAUGAUGUGACAGUGGAUGAAGAGCUGGGUGAGAUCCAGCUUGUCAAAAUCGAGAAGCGCAAGUACUGGCUCCAUGAUGACUGGUACCUGAAGUACAUCACGCUGAAGACACCCUGUGGGGACUACAUUGAGUUCCCCUGCUACCGCUGGAUCACAGGCGAGGGUGAGAUCAUCCUUCGAGAUGGCCGAGCAAAAUUGUCCAGAGAUGACCAAAUUCACAUUCUCAAGCAGCACAGACGUAAAGAACUGGAAACACGGCAAAAACAGUAUCGGUGGAUGGAGUGGAACCCUGGCUUCCCCUUAAGUAUUGAUGCCAAGUGUCACAAGGAUUUACCUCGGGACAUACAGUUUGACAGUGAGAAAGGAGUGGACUUUGUUCUGAACUACUCCAAAGCGAUGGAGAAUUUGUUCAUCAAUUGCUUCAUGCACAUGUUCCAGUCCUCCUGGAGUGACUUCGCUGACUUUGAGAAAAUCUUUGUCAAGAUCAGCAACACUAUUUCUGAGCGGGUCAUGAAUCACUGGCAGGAAGACCUCAUGUUCGGCUACCAGUUCCUGAACGGUUGCAACCCUGUGCUGAUCCAGCAGUGCAGGAAGCUCCCUGAGAAGCUCCCGGUGACCACGGAAAUGGUGGAGUGUAGCCUGGAGCGUCAGCUCACCCUGCAGGAGGAGGUUGAGCAAGGGAACAUUUUCAUCGUGGACUUUGAGCUACUGGAUGGCAUUGACGCCAACAAAACAGAUCCAUGCACACUGCAAUUCCUGGCUGCACCCAUCUGCUUGCUGUAUAAGAAUCUGGACAACAAGAUGAUUCCCAUUGCAAUCCAGCUCAACCAAGUCCCAGGAGAUGAGAACCCCAUUUUCCUUCCUUCGGAUGCAAAAUAUGACUGGCUUCUGGCCAAGAUCUGGGUGCGCUCCAGUGACUUCCACGUCCACCAGACCAUCAGUCACCUUCUGCGCACACAUCUAGUAUCUGAAGUUUUUGGCAUCGCCAUGUACCGCCAGCUGCCUGCUGUGCACCCCAUCUUCAAGCUCCUGGUGGCCCAUGUGCGGUUUACUAUUGCCAUCAACACCAAGGCUCGUGAGCAGCUCAUCUGUGAGUACGGCCUCUUUGACAAGGCCAAUGCUACAGGGGGCGGUGGGCAUGUGCAGAUGGUGCAGCGGGCCAUGCAGGAGCUGACCUACACAUCCCUGUGCUUCCCUGAGGCCAUCAAGGCCCGGGGCAUGGACAAUAAAGAGGACAUCCCCAACUACUUCUACAGGGAUGACGGGCUCCUGGUGUGGGAAGCAAUACAGAAGUUCACGACUGAGGUGGUGGACAUCUACUACGAGAGUGACCAGGUGGUGAAGGAAGACCAGGAGCUGCAGGACUUUGUGAAGGAUGUUUAUGUGUAUGGCAUGCGGGGCAAGAAGGCCUCAGGCUUCCCGAAGUCCAUCAAGACCAGGGAGAAGCUGUCCGAGUACCUGACUGUGGUGAUAUUCACCGCCUCAGCCCAGCAUGCAGCAGUAAACUUUGGCCAGUAUGAUUGGUGCUCCUGGAUCCCCAAUGCACCCCCUACCAUGCGGGCCCCGCCACCAACAGCCAAGGGCGUGGUCACCAUUGAGCAGAUAGUGAAGACGCUGCCAGACCGCGGCCGAUCCUGCUGGCAUCUAGGUGCAGUGUGGGCGCUGAGCCAGUUCCAGGAGAAUGAGCUAUUCCUGGGCAUGUAUCCAGAGGAGCAUUUCAUUGAGAAGCCUGUGAAGGCAGCUAUGGCCCGAUUCCGCAAGAACCUUGAUACCAUUGUCAGCGUGAUCGCAGACCGCAACAAGAACAAGAAGCUACCAUAUUACUACUUGUCUCCAGACCGGAUUCCCAACAGUGUGGCCAUCUGAGUGCCCAGCGCUGGCAGGUGUCAUUCUGGAAAGUCCCAUUUCUCAAGGCUGGGCUAGGUACCCAGACUUCAAGGCAGGCCUCCUGUGCAGCUUGCC